AUGGCUACUGCAGAAGCUUCUGCCCAGGAGCAGGCUCCCACGACCGACCUGCCCAUCCGUUCCGGCUCCGACAGCACAGACUUCGACAUCGUCGCCACGUACCACAGCCUGCUCAAAUCCGACCCCGACCUCACCAAGCCCGUGGCGGCCAUCAACGCCCUCAUCGCCCUCCUUAACACGGUACCGUCGACGACAGUGUACGAGACCCUCGACAUCAUCAAGGCCCACUCGGAGCGCCUCAAGGCGUCCGUCGAGAACCCCAUCCCCCUCGCCGCGGGGACCGACCUGUUCAACCAGUACAUCAUGUCGUCGCUGAAGCAGCAGGACGGCUCCUUCGACGCCGUGCGGCAGCACCUGCUGCGCAACGGGCGCCUGUUCGCCCAGCGAGCCGUCGAGGCCCGCAACGGCGUCGCCGAGGCCGGCUGGCGCUACGUGAGCGAGGGCAGCACCGUUCUUACUCAUGGCGCGAGCAGGUCCGUCACGGGGCUCCUCGCCCGGGCGGCCAGGUCGAGGCCCGGCAAAUUCAAGGUCGUCUACGUGCGGGACGAGUGGCGCCCGAAGGAGAGCGACCGCGUCGUCGGCGAGCUGCGGCAGCUGGGGAUUCCCACGGCGGAGAUUGACCUCGCGAGCGUCGCCCAUGUCAUGGCCUCGCUGCGCAAGGUGUCGAUGGUCAUCGUGGGCGCCGAGGUCGUCACGCAGAGCGGCGGCAUCAUCUCGCGCAUGGGCUCGUACCAGAUCGCCAAGCUGGCCAAGUCGUCCAACAUUCCGUUCUACGUCGCCGGGGAGACGCACAAGUUCAGCCGCAUCUUCCUGCAUGACCAGAACAAGCUUGGGUUCAAGCAGUCCGUCCUGGAUUUUAGACUGGAGGGGUCGAGCAGUCAUCUGGAGAACCCCGUCGAUUUCACGCCACCCGAUUUGAUCAGCCAGCUCAUCACGGAAAAUGGCGUCAAGCUCCCCAGCUACGUGGUUGAGCAGAUCCUCGAUAUCUACGGUAGCCUGAACGGUUAG